AGCAUCCCGCCUUAGCGCAACCAAAGCGCUAAAGCCCCAUUUCAAAAACUGAAGUGUACCGAACGCACCAAAACACAUUUAUCUCCCGAUGUCUCAGCCGGUCCCGGUAGACAUCCUCUCCGACUCCGACGAUGAUCGCUGCGGCGCAGGCGGCGGCCGCUAUCGACGCGACGCCAUCGACCUCUCGACCCCAUUGGCAGUCACUUUGAAGAAGCGGAGGACGGAGCUCGACUCGAACCACACGGUUUUCGUCAUUGAUGAUGACCAAACCCCGGGGAAACCUUCUCUGGGCCUCGCCGCAUCCACCUCGACUCCUUCUUACGUGCCCGAGACCCCCUUCUCCGACUUAUCCAAACCUGAUUUCUCCAUUGUUAAAUGCUCCAAUUUCUCCUCUUCAAUUUCAUACCCCACUUCCCCAGGACCAUCUGUGGUUGAGGAGACUCCAAUAUCUGAGAAAUCAAGAUUCGAUAUUCCAAUGGCUAAAUGCACCAAGGGCAUUGAGGUUUCACAAGACCUAGCUUCCUCAGUUGUGAACAAUCAUAAAUGUUCGGGAACUAGUCAGUUGAUCUGUUUGGAUUCUGAUAAUGUGUCUGAGGAUGGUAGUGAGUUUGUUGCCCCAAAAAAGAAUGACAGCAUUGGUUUCGCUGUUGAAAUGGAAUGUGGAUCAAAAUUGAGCACUGGAUUUAUUCAGUCCACAUGUUUUCUUGGUAAUGCUGAUAUUAUGGAAGUAUCAGCUAGUGGUUUUCAGCCAACUUCAUUUCAAAAGGAUGCUUCUUUGGACCAUUGUUGCCCUUCUGAAGAAAUUGAUAGAUUGGAGCCCUUUGAAAAUCAUUGCCCUUCUGAAGAAAUUGAGAGAUUGGAGCCCUUUGAAAAGGUUUUGAAACCAAAUAGUAAAACCAGAGGUAACUCAAGUAGGAAAAAUAAAGUUGAUGAAGAAAAGGAGAAAAAAAGGAUUUUGAAGGAAGAACGUCUUCGUUUAAAGGAAGAAAAGAAAUUGCAAAAAGAACAAGAGAAAAUGCAGAAGGCUGCUCAGAAGGCUGAAGCUAUAGAGAUGAAAAAGCUGCAAAAAGAAAAGCAGAAGUGGGAAACGGGAAAACUUGCACUAAAGUCCAUCGUGGCUCUCAUUGAUACUAGAGUAGUGGAACUAGGUUCAAUAGGAGGUCAUUUAAUAACAAGACUUGCAGAGAAAGGUCUUUCUUAUCGAAUAACAACAAAUCCAAUUGAAAAGUCUAUUCUGUGGACUAUGGGCAUUCCAGAACAACUAUCAGAGAUUGCAUCUGAGCCAGUCGACAUCCGGUACGUGUUACUUGUAUAUGAGGCUGAGGAGUUCAUCAACCUGGUCUUGAAUGGAUCUUUCCUGGAUCAUGCUUCCAAAGUGCGGAGCCUUUUUCCUUUACAUACGCUAUGCUAUCUCACAAAUAGGCUUAUGUCUUACAUUAAUAAAAGAGAGCAGGCACAAUACAAGGAUCCCAGCAACAAAACUAGUUGGAAACGCCCACCUAUUGAGGAGGUUUUGGCAAACUUAACCACUCAGUUUGUUGGUGUACAUUCAAGGCAGUGCAUUGAUGAAGCAGAAGUAGCAGAACAUAUUGUAGGUUUAACAAGUAGUCUUGCAUCUUGCCAAUACAGAAAGAAGUUAUCUAGACUAUCAGUAAAUGCAAACGGGUCCCUUGUUCCCAAGGAUUGUGUUGACAAGAAUAUGAUAAAGAAGAGCCCAUGGUUGAAAGCAUUGGUGGCUAUUCCUAAGGUACAACCUCGAUUCGCCAUUGCCAUAUGGAAGAAAUAUCCAACAAUGAAAUCUCUCCUCAGUGUAUACAUGGACUCAAAUAAAUCAGUACAUGAAAAGGAGUUUCUGCUUUCAGAUCUUAGAAUAGAAGGUUUGCUAGGCGACACUAGAAGAUUAGGAGAUAUUUGUUCUAAGAGAGUGUACAGAAUACUAAUGGCUCAAUCUGGAGGCAUCACAACUGAUGACAUUGAAUGUGGAGCUGAUUUCUUUGGCCAACCCUCGGUCUGACUUUAAACUGGAAUUGUUGCUCGAGACCUCGUAGUUUAGUGACAUACAUGCGAGACUUUUAAUAAGAGAACUAAAUUGUUGUAAAUUUGUAGGUAUGUAUAUGAUCAGUCUAACAUAUUGCAUAUAUAUAGGACCAACCAGUUCACCUCAUAUAACAGUUUUUGCCUUUUUGGUGUCUAUGAUUAGUGUACCAUGUUGCACCCAGUCUGCCUCAAGGUUGGCACUAGUAUUUUACUAUUUUUGCUGAUGUACCAGACUAGGUAGAGAUUUGAACAUUGAAAUUGUGAUGAAUAUAUUUAGCUUUUUGUUU